GCCCGGUGGCUAGUUAGGCAACGAGGGGGGCUUGGAAACGACCUCUUUUGCCGGACCGGACUCUCGCCUCCACCCCCCCCCCAGCCCGUCGCGUGGUGGUCCAGGUUGAGAAAUCUGGUUUCCUGAAGGAAUCGGGCCAGCCAGUUUGGGUUUUCAUGAUGUCAAGGACUGUGUCGUCCUGGAUCUUGAACUGUGCGAGAAAUGGCAUUGUCGCCACUUUGCAAGGGAGAGGGUGCGGGUACCCGAGAUGCGUCCAAAAGAGGAGUAAGAUGAAAUGGACGAGUCUCUCGCGAGGGCCGCUGGCCUCGCGGGCCGGCGCCGGCUUGAUGCUGGUGAGGACCCAGCGGCACACCUCCACGGAGGAAGAGUUUCACUUCCAGCUGUCCCCAGCCCAAGUGGACGACGUCCUGCGGGCUGCUGAAUUGUCCCAUAAGGUCCUCGAGUGUGACGGGAGAAAUCCCAGCCGUGCGGUGCUGAGGUUCGAAAGCAACCAGCUGGCCGCCAACACGCCGAACGAGGAUCGCAGGAGUGCGGCCACGUGCCUGCAGACACGGGGGAUGAUGUUUGGCAUCUUUGAUGGGCACGCGGGCCCCGCCUGUGCCCAGGUGGUGAGCGAGCGGCUCUUUUACUAUGUCGCGGUCUCGCUGCUGCCCCACCGGACCCUGGAGGAGAUGGAGCACGCCCUGGAGUGCAUGAAGCCGGUGCUGCCCAUCCUGCAGUGGCACAGGCACGCGGGUGACUCCGUUUCCCAGGUGGUGGCCUCCCUGCACUCCGACCACCUCCGCGUGUACUGGCAAGAACUGCUGGAGCUGCAUGCGGAAACGGGGCUCAGCGUCGAGGAAGCCCUGAAGCACUCUUUCCGGCGGCUCGACUCCGACAUCUCGCUGGAGGUCCAGGCCCACGUGGAAGAUGAGCUGACGCGGAACCUGGCCCUGCAGGUGGCUUUCUCCGGGACCACCGCGUGCGUGGCCCAUGUGGACGGCCUCCACCUUCACGUGGCCAAUGCCGGGGACUGCCGGGCGGUCCUGGGGGUUCGGGAGGAAGGCGGGGCCUGGUCAUGCCUCCCCCUGACCCGGGACCACAACGCCUCGAACCGGGCCGAGCUGUCGCGGCUGAAGGAGGAGCACCCGGCGUCCGAGGAGCGGACUGUGGUUGUGGAUGGCCGGCUACUGGGCGUCCUCAUGCCCUCCCGGGCUUUCGGCGACGUCCGCUUCAAGUGGAGCAGGGAGCUGCAGCGGAGCAUCCUGGGUAGGGGCUUCGACGUCGAGGCGCUCAACAUCUACCAGUACGACCCCCCGAACCUCCUCACCCCACCGUACCUGACGGCCGAGCCAGAGGUCACUUACCACCGCUUGCGGCGCCAGGAUAAGUUUCUCGUCCUGGCCUCGGACGGUCUCUGGGACCUGCUGGCCAAUGAAGAUGUGGUGAAGCUCGUGGCCGGGCACCUGGGGGGGGCCGGUCCCCCAGAGCUGGAGCCGCCCGUCGACCGGACGCCGGGCCCACUGCGCCGGAGGAAGGCCGGGCCGCUACCUCCCCGUGACCAGAACGCCGCCACCCACCUGAUCCGCCACGCCCUUGGCAGCAACGGGAGCGGGGACACUGACCGGGAGAGGCUGGUGGCCAUGCUGACUCUGCCCGAAGACCUGGCCCGCAUGUAUCGAGAUGAUGUCACCGUGACCGUGGUCUAUUUUAACUCUGAAACCGUUGACCUAUACAACCGAGGGAACCAAUAGCUCCAUUUGGGACCAAGGAUGCUCUCUUGUCCCCCGCCAUCGAGCUGCGGAUGAGAACCGAACUUUCUCUGGUAGAGGGUGGGCCUUAACACAUAGAAGGAUCGGUAGAUAGACCUUUGGGAAGCUUCGCCACCCACUUGGGUCCUGGCCCGUCAUGUCCCCUCUUCCCUCCCACCCCCAGGGAGGGAUUGGAACCAGAGAAAGGUCCCCGAUGCAGCCGGUGGACUAGGCCAUGCCGCCGUGGAAACAACUCCUUUGGGGUUCCAGGCCUCGGGGCGGGGAGCAGGGAGGAGCAGAUUCCUGACCUGUGACUAGGAGACCCCUUAGGUUGCAUUUUCAGCUUCUGCUGAAAACCUCUGGAUACUUUCAAGCUUGCUGGUAGGUUUGGGCGUUCUUCUCCAGGUUAGGGCAUUUCCCGGGGGAAAGUUGAGCUUCCCUUUCAGCCAAGAGUUGGAGUCUAGAAGGUUUGAAGCGGCCUCCCGCCACUUCUGGCCAUGGGCAGAGCGGGCCUGCUGGUUUAGGGGGACCCUAGGUUCCAGCUUGGGGGUGAUGUGCGAUCACUUUGAACACUCAAAGGAAGGCCCCUAGAAAAGUGCUAGAAUUCCAGAGGAAAAUGGAGCGUGGACCUGAUUUGCUGGAGUUGGAUCAUGGCCACUUAAAUUGCCCCACUGGCAACUUGCUGAACAUCAAGUUACAGGCCACUGUUUUCCACUGAAGUAGGUUCUGUUGAGCUUAGCUGGGACUUUUCUUCUGGGGCAAACAAACUCUGGUGAGAUUCAGUGUGCCUUGGGACUGAUGGACAUCGAAUGUUGCAAGUUCUCUGCUUUACACUUGAAGGGGGCUCUGCCUCCAAUCACAAAAACCUUUUUCCUAGGUGGGGGUGUAGUGUGAAGUUUUCCACGUGUUUGUGUGUGCACAUGUGCCCCGGCCUCCCGUGGUCGCGGGGGCACCUCCAGGUUUAGGGAUUGUGUUCCACUUUUCCCAGACACAAGAAAAGGAAGCCCCAGGCACUUCUUCCUACUUUACUGGCAAGGUUGACCUUGUUGGGUUUGGCUUCUGUGCCUUCUUUCCAUUAUCCCACUUCCAUUGCUGUUGGGAAGUGGGAAUGGAGAAGCCACUGCUUACCGAAGAGGUUGUGACUCCGGAGAACCACCUGCGAUGGGGAGAGUCGGUUAGGACACUAGCCCAGUGCUGAGGUGCCGUCGGUUUGGGCUGGGCACUGCGAACGCCUCUUCUUCUGCCAGCUCCUCUUCCAGUUUGCCCUUUGUGCUGGCCCUGAGCCAUGUCUGGUGGUCAUUCCAGUAACCCAUCCAGGGGUGCCAGCUCCAUUUUGCCAGGCAGACAAAUCCGGGCCUCGGUGUCCAGGGGAAGCCACGGCUGGCCUUUGCUUGGAGGCACUCUUUGACCCUGGCCACGCUGGCCCUUAAAGGGAUUCACUUCCAGAGGUGCUGCCUCUGUCCCUUUACCUUUCUGAAGGGAAAAGCCAAGCAGCCUACUGCCGGGCUCUCGAGUUGGUGGCCCCUCUGGCGCCUACAGGGCUGCUUAAGUUAGGGGCCGAGGAGGAAAGGCGCCCUAGACUCUCGAAUUUCGGUAGGGAUGAGUGCCCACCUCUUUGGACAGAUUGAGCUCGGAGCCUUGCUGCUUCAGCGCCUGCCUGAGAGGUAAAUGCCCAAUUUGCGAUUCAUAGAGGACUGCAGCGCCGGAGGGAAUCUGGACUGAUGGAUGCAUUCUAGAGUGGCCGAAUCUGGGAGAAAGCUAGUAUCGCAAUGGAAAUUUCUUGAAAACAGUAUCAGUUAUUUUCUCCCCCUCUCCCUGAGAGGUAAAAAUCUCCUCGCUCAAAUUGCCUCAUUCAAGAUGUGGCUAAGGAGCUUUUACGCGAAUGCUCCAUCUUCCGUGUAGCACCGGCAGGGCGACGGGAGAGACCAGGCAAGUCCUCGCUCCCGAGCUGCCAGACGAUCCGGCUCCUGGAACCGUGGCCGCAACGGACGGUUCAGCCCAGGUUAAGAUGAACGUGGCAGAUGAAGUUGCUCAGUCUCCAUCACUUUCCAAGAAGCGUUUACUGCCACAUCUCCUUGAAGAGACGGCGAUGCUUUGUUCCUGUGCGCUCUUCCUGGCUGCGGACUAUCUCAGUUAAGGCUGUAGGGUGGGACUUGGGGAACUUUGAGGCAAAAGUCAUAGCGUUUAAAGAGUACUUUCAAAGACUGCUGAUGGGUAAAAGUAGAUUGGGAAAUCGCUACUCCAUUCUGUGGUGUCAAGAAGUGCGUGCCACAGCAAGUGUGGUCCCGCUCGCUGAUAACUUGUUUCCCCCACGGCUCCCAGAACAGUGCCUUUACUUCCUGGUGCAAUUAGCGGCAAGUCUCUAGACUUGGCCUAGAGGUCUGAGCCGUCUUGUCAGGGUGGGAGGCUUAAUGGGACUAUUCUUAACCUGAUGCUUCAGGCUGAACUUGCUUGCUGACCUGACCAAUGGGAUUCAUUCUUUUGCCACACACACUCUCUCUCUCUCUUUCUC